AUGUCAGGGAAGAAGAGAGGGGAAAUUUUUUCCUAUGAGCAGCGAAUGGGUCUCAUUGAGAUAAUUAAGGUCGACCACACUGUCGUAGAAGAUAAGAGUUGUGACAUAUCGGCCAACAGAAAGAAGCAGGCAGCAUGGGAGAAAAUCUCCAAAGAAAUGUCUGCUAAUUUUCCCGAGCGACCAAAAUCGUCUGCGAAUGAUCUACGAGAGUUGUGGAGGAGGAUGAAAACAAAGGCAAAAGCGAUGGUUCGAGCGAAAAAAAUCGAUCUGCACAAAACUGGUGGUGGAGCGGCUGAUGUUGGUGAACUUGGCCCUGAAAUCAUGGCUAUCUUGGCAAUCAUUGGAUCUGGAUCUGGAGCAAAUACAUAA